AUGCUUUUACUCUGGCUCCUUAUCGGCUACGUGUGGGCCAAGACCCAUACCUACAACUUCAACGUGCUGUGGGUGGAUGCUGAUCCCGAUGGGCAGGGAACACGUCUCAUGAUCGGUGUCAACGGCCAGUUUCCCCCACCACCCAUUCGCGUCAAACCCCGAGAUCGGGUUAUCAUCGAUGUCCACAACGGCUUGGGCAACAAGAAUACCAGUUUACAUUUCCAUGGGUUGUUCAUGCACGGUCAGAACUCGAUGGAUGGCCCCGAAAUGGUGACUCAGUGCCCCAUCGUCCCAGGGCAAAACUUUACCUAUAACUUCACUGUCGAUGACCAAACCGGUCUUUAUUGGUACCACUCGCAUCUGGGGUCCCAGUAUGCCGAUGGGCUUCGAGGGUUGUUCAUUAUUGAAGAUGAGGACUACGGCUUUGAUUUUGAUGAAGAAAUGGUGCUUCUGUUGUCGGAACACUACCCCAAGCUGAGUGGCGCCAUUAUGCAAGAAUUUCUCAGUCGAUACAACCCAACCGGGGCGGAACCGAUCCCCCGUAACUCGUUGUUCAACGAAACUAAGAAUGUCACCUGGCACGUGCAGCCAGACACCACGUAUUUACUCAGAAUCGUGAAUAUGGGGUUGUUCACGUCGCAGCAUUUCGUCAUCGAGGACCACCAACUUACCAUCGUCGAGAUCGACGGGGUUAAGGUGGAACCGUACACCGUGGACCUGUUGUACAUCACGGUGGCCCAACGGUACCUGGUGUUGGUGACGACCAAAAAACUGACGAAGAAAAAUUUCCGCAUGUUGAAUGUGAUUGACAUGCCGAUGCUCGAUGUGAUCCCUCGAGAUUUACAGAUCAUCAGCACUAACUACGUGGUCUAUGACGAUAAAGCGAGCCUUCCCGCGCCGGCGGUUAACACCAAAACCCUGUUUGACGAAUACGUUGAGCGCUAUCCGUACUUCGACGAUUCGGUGUUGGUGACACGGUCCCGCAGAGAACUCCUCGGCGACCCUGAUUACCGUAUCAACUUGAAUUUCACCAUGGACCAUUUAGGUGACGGCGUAGUGUACGCAUUCUUCAAUAAUGAGACCUACGUUACGCCGAAGGUGCCGACGCUUUAUUCGGUGGUAUCGUCAGGGAAGUAUGCCGGCGACUCGUUGGUGUACGGUACCAAUACCAACACGUUUAUCCUCCAAAAGGAUGAAGUGGUGGAGAUUGUCCUCAACAACAUGGACCCCGGUAAACACCCGUUCCACAUGCACGGCCACAUCUUCCAACUCAUUGCCCGUUCGGAAGAAGGCGAGGAAGACGACCCCAUCAUCUAUGACCCCGAAAACAGUAACGUCACCUUCCCUGAGUACCCCAUGAUGCGCGACACUGUCGAAGUCCAGCCCAACGGGUACAUGGUGUUGCGGUUCACCGCUGACAACCCCGGGGUAUGGUUCUUCCAUUGCCAUGUCGACUGGCACUUGGAGCAAGGGUUAGCCAUUACCCUCGUCGAGCUGCCGUUCGAUAUCCAACGCCAGGACAUCCCCGGUGACCACUUCGCCGCUUGUGAAGCCGCCAACGUGCUGUACUACGGCAACGCCGCCAAUCACAGUGGUGACACCAAGCAAGCCUGGCUCAACUUAGACGGGCAAAAUUCACAAAAACCACCUCUCCCUGCUGGUUUCACUUUCAAAGGGUACGCGGCGUUUGCGGCUUGUGCUGCCGCCGCCAUCUACGGGCUUAUUCUGAUCUAUCAAUACGGGAUCGAGGACGUCACCACCGUCGAGACCGAGGAGAUGGUAACUAAGCUCUACCAGUUGAUCGACACUGACAGUAACGAGUAA